CAGGUGCGGUUAGAUCGAAUGUUUAUGUUUUGGAUUGGGUCUUGGCGCCCAUUCUUCCAAAAUCAUGUCUCUAAAGAACAUUUAUAUUUUUUGGCUACACUAAGUAUGCAAGCGUUGAAAAAAUAAAUCAUUUGGCUUUUCCGUAUCUGAAUGAAAGUGUUAGUUAGAAAAUUCAACAGCGUCAUGUCGAUUUCUUUGCAAAAACUAAAGAAGAGAACACCCCCACAGACAGUUGAGAAGCCAGUAAAAAAAUCAAGCAGAUUCGAUGGCUUAUCAGAAGAAGAAGUUAAAAAGAAUACACUAAAGGAUAUUCUAGAACCAGAUCUAGAUUUGGUUUUCGUUGGUAUAAAUCCUAGUCUCAUGGCUGCUCACACAGGAAGAUAUUACGCUGGUCCUGGUAACCACUUUUACAAGCUGCUUUAUGAGUCAAAGUUAAUUCCUGAACCAGUGAAUUACGAAGAGGAUGACAAACUUUUGCAACACAACAUUGGCUUAACAAAUAUAGUUUCAAGAGCUACAAGGUCAUCGGCAGAUUUAAGCAAGUCAGAGAUCAGAAAGGGUGCUAUGUUUGUACAGGAAAAACUGAAACGAUUCAAGCCAAAAAUUGCUAUAUUCAAUGGGAAGUGUAUUUACGAAGAGUUUGCUGAAAACUACGACAAAUCAACAUUCAAAUUUGGUUUACAACCUCAUCGGGUAGGAGAUACAACUCUCUGGGUAGUUCCAUCGAGUAGUGCGCGAUGUGCAAAUUUUCCUAGGAUGCAAGACAAGUUGCAUUUUUACACUUCCUUGAAGAAAUACUUAUCCUUCCUUAAAGGUGAAAUCAAAGAGGUCAAUCCUGAAGAAUUCCGAUUUGAAGGUAAAUGUAAGCAAGCUAUCCCAAGUACUUCGAAAAUGUGGAGACGCAAAGGUUUGUCUGCAUUUGCUCAUGGUGGCAGAAUUGUAAAUAAAGAGACAAUUUGCAUGAACACAUCUGAAGAGAAUAUCUUGGCUAUUCCCAGAAGCAGUGAGUUCAUAAUCAAAAAUGUAAAGAACGAGAGUGAUGAUUCUCAAAAAGAUUCUGGAGUUUCUACCUUACCAAGUGAUGAUUCUCAAGAACUGUCUCAAGACAAUGAAGUCAAGGAAAAUGACCCAAUCCCAGAGAAUGAUCCAAAACCAAAAAAGAGACAACCAAGUAAGAGAGUAAUGGAGAGAAAAGUGCAAACUAGAGCUGCAGCAACUGCCCAGCGCAAGGAGUACAGCGAACCCAUUGACUUUGUUAGUUUGAUCAAACAGAGAUUGAGUAAUAAGGAGCAGGAAACUAGUGAGGAUGCUACCAAAGACUGUGAUAACGAAGAGGAAUCUCUCUCACAUGACAGUGCUGGUGCUAAAAAACUGAAAUUUUCAAAUCUGCGUUCAACAAAGUCCAAGAAGGGUUUCAAAGUAAAGGAAGUGCUGAAAAUAGUUGAUGAUAUUUGAAUGAACUGUACAUUGUUACGCUAUUUUACAAAUGUAAGCAGAGUUUAAUUUAUUUUUUUACAAUCAAAACUUUUUUAAAAAGCCAUUUGUACAAAAGCAUGAAUCAUUUCUUGAGUAAAUAAUAAGUAUUGGAAUAAAUGCUAAACGACUA